UUUUUUUUUUUUUUUUUUUUUUGAAAUUAAACUUAUAAUGACCAACUAAAAUCCAACUCCAAGAUCCCCACACAGUUAAAAACACAAACACUCGUCAUCUCUUAUGUUAUUACUACAACAACUAGUACUACCAGUUCCACAUUCAAAACUCACCAAAAGUUAGAAAACUCUCAGAGUAUAUUAUCCCAUAUAUUUGAUGUGGGUCUUGCGUAGGUUAAAACAUGGAUACCUUAUUCAGAUUAGUCAGUCUCCAAUCUAGUACCACUGAUCAAUCUUUCAACUCAAGCAGAACUUCUAGCAGCUCUAGAUCCUCUAGAUCACAAACUAACCGUUACUAUCAUAACCAACACCACCAACACCAAGAAGAAGAAUGCUUCAACUUUUUCAUGGAUGAAGAAGACUUUUCCUCGUCUUCUUCUAAGCACCACCACCACCACCAGCACCACGGCCACCAUCAUCAGUCCGCCACCCUGUAUCCUUAUAACCAACCGAACCCUUCCCCCACCACCACCACCACCGCCGCCACCAACGCGAGCACCUCCGCCGCCACCGACUAUUCGUUUUCGCCCGCCGGGGACCUAAUCAACAUCGAAUUCUCCGCCAAGUGGGCGCCGGAGAUCCUCCUCGAGACCGCACGUGCCAUCGCGGACAAGAACUCCGCACGUGUCCAGCAGCUCAUGUGGAUGCUCAACGAGCUUAGCUCCCCCUACGGCGACACCGACCAGAAGCUGGCCUCGUACUUCCUCCAGGCCUUGUUCAGCCGCAUGAACGACUCCGGCGACCGGUGCUACCGCACGUUGACUUCCGCCUCCGACAAGACUUGCUCGUUCGAGUCAACGAGGAAGACGGUGCUGAAGUUCCAGGAGGUCAGCCCGUGGACGACGUUCGGCCACGUGGCGUGCAACGGCGUGAUCAUGGAAGCCCUCGAAGGGGAAACGAGGCUCCAUAUUGUGGACAUCAGCAACACGUAUUGCACUCAAUGGCCGACUCUUCUGGAAGCCCUAGCGACGAGAACAGACGAGACGCCGCAUCUCCGUUUGACCACCGUCGUCGCCACCAGAACCGGCGGAGGAUCGGUGGGGGCGGCGCAGAAGGUGAUGAAGGAGAUAGGGACGAGAAUGGAGAAGUUCGCGAGACUCAUGGGCGUUCCUUUUAAGUUCAACGUUGUGCACCAUUUCGGUGACCUUUCUGAGCUCAACUUGGCGGAGUUGGAUAUAAGAGACGACGAAGCCCUAGCCAUUAACUGUGUCAACUCUCUGCAUUCAAUCACAACCAUCGGGAACCGCCGCGAAUAUUUGGUGUCGGCGUUUAGGAGCCUGAGGCCGAGGAUAAUCACCGUCGUAGAAGAAGAGGCCGAUCUCGAUAUCGGCGUCGAUGGCGUUGAGUUCGUUAAGGGUUUUCAGGAGUGCAUACGGUGGUUUAGGGUUUACUUCGAGGCGUUGGACGAGAGCUUUCAGCGGACGAGCAACGAGAGGCUGAUGCUGGAACGCGCCGCCGGACGCGCCGUCGUGGACCUGGUGGCGUGCUCGGUGGAGGAGUCUGUGGAGCGGCGGGAGACGGCCGAGAGAUGGUCCCGAAGGCUGCAUGGAGCGGGGUUCGGGCCGGCUGCUUUCAGCGACGAGGUUAGCGACGACGUGAGGGCGCUGCUGAGGAGGUACAAGGAGGGGUGGGCGAUGGCGGCGCAGGACGGCGGCGCCGGAAUAUUCCUGUCGUGGAAGGACCAGCCGGUCGUUUGGGCUAGUGCUUGGAGAGCUUGAUUGAAUAUUGAUGAGGGUGACACGUGGCUUAUGCUUGAGAGUGAUUCGCACGUGUAGUAUGUUUUUUUAGCACGUGCAUGAUAUAAUAUGGCUAUUGACAUUGUGUUUGGAAGAGAAGUGGGGAAAAAAAAAAGUAAGUAGGGGAAUAUUGUUAAUUGUUGGUUUGAAUAGAAAUGGAAGUACAUUAAUUAAUUCCCAUAUAUAACCCUUAUUAAUGUUAAUUAUUGUGGUUUUUGCGAUAAUUAAUUUUCCUCCUUGAAUUUAUUGACAAUAUAUAUAGUGUU